GGAAAACUCGUCCUGAAAAUCGGAAGGAUUUAAUUUAAUUUUUAUUUUGAUUAAUUUAAUUUUUGAAGAAGUGAAAUGACGACCCCAAAAUUAGUGAAACUACCAAGCAUGAGAGAAAGGGUCGAACACACUCUUUCUGCUCACCGGAACGAACUCGUCUCUCUCCUUUCUCGAUAUGUAGCUCAGGGGAAAGGUAUAUUGCAGCCCCAUAUCCUAAUUGAUGAACUGGACAACAUCAUCGGCGACGAUUCUGCCCGCAAAACCCUCAGCGACGGCCCCUUCAGUGAAGUUUUAAGGACUGCUCAGGAAGCAAUAGUUUUACCACCUUUUGUUGCUAUAGCUAUCCGACCAAGGCCCGGUGUUUGGGAAUUUGUCCGAGUCAAUGUCUAUGAACUCAGUGUCGAGGAGCUGACCGUUUCUGAAUAUCUACGUUUCAAAGAAGAACUUGUCGACGGGCAGAAAGACGACCCGUUUGCUCUCGAACUGGAUUUCGAGCCAUUUAAUGCAACAUUUCCUCGCCCAACUCGAUCUUCUUCAAUCGGCAAUGGUGUCCAAUUUCUUAACCGCCAUCUCUCUUCAGUCAUGUUUCGCAACAAAGAGUCUCUUGAGCCAUUACUCGAUUUCCUCCGAGUUCAUAGAUAUAAAGGGCAUGUGUUGAUGUUGAAUGAUAGAAUUCAACGCAUAUCCAGUCUCGAGUCUGCAUUGACCAAGGCUGAGGAUUAUGUCUCUAAACUACCCCCAGAAACACAGUAUUCCGAGUUUGAAUAUGUAUUGCAAGGGAUGGGGUUUGAGAGGGGUUGGGGAGGUACUGCUGCACGGGUUUUGGAGAUGAUGCAUCUUCUCUCGGACAUACUUCAAGCUCCGGACCCUUCUACACUCGAAACAUUUCUUGGUCAAGUACCUAUGGUGUUUAAUGUUGUCAUUUUGUCUGUGCAUGGAUAUUUCGGACAAGCAAAUGUCCUAGGUUUACCCGAUACUGGCGGUCAGAUUGUUUACAUAUUAGAUCAAGUACGUGCGUUGGAGAAUGAGAUGAUCCAGAGAAUAAAGAGACAAGGGCUGAAUAUCACCCCACGGGUUCUAAUUGUUACUCGAUUGAUACCCGACUCAGCAGGGACCUCAUGCAACCAGAGACUAGAAAGGAUAAGUGGAUGCGAGCAUUCACAUAUACUACGUGUCCCUUUUAAAACCGAGCAUGGAAUUCUUCGCAAAUGGAUUUCAAGGUUCGAUGUAUGGCCCUAUUUGGAGAAAUUUGCAGAGGAUGCUGCAAAUGAAAUUGCUGCAGAGUUGCAGGGCGUACCGGACCUAAUUAUUGGCAAUUACAGUGAUGGAAACCUUGUUGCUUCCUUAUUAUCUCAUAAGAUGGGCGUCACAGAGUGCACCAUUGCGCAUGCCUUGGAGAAAACCAAAUAUCCAGAUUCCGACAUAUAUUGGAAAAAAUACGAGGAGAAGUACCAUUUCUCAUGUCAGUUCACCGCUGACCUACUAGCCAUGAACCAUUCAGAUUUUAUAAUCACAAGUACAUACCAAGAAAUUGCCGGAACAAAGAAUACCGUUGGUCAGUACGAGAGUCACGCAGCUUUCACUCUGCCAGGUCUAUAUCGUGUUGUCCAUGGUGUAGAUGUUUUCGAUACUAAGUUCAACAUAGUUUCUCCUGGAGCAGAUGAUACCAUAUACUUCACGUAUUCAGACGAGGCCAAAAGACUUACUUCUUUCCAUGCAUCCCUCGAAAAGCUCAUAUACGAUCCUCAGCAAAACGACGAGCACAUUGGUGUACUGGAAGAUCCAUCGAAGCCCAUAAUCUUCUCCAUGGCGAGGCUUGACCGAGUCAAAAACAUCUCCGGAUUGGUGGAGUCGUACGGUAAAAAUGCCAAGCUAAGGGAAUUGGCUAAUCUUGUGGUGGUGGCUGGUUACAACGAUGUGAAAAAAUCAAGCGACAGAGAAGAAAUAUCAGAAAUCGAAAAGAUGCAUGCUAUUAUUAAGGAGCACAAUUUACACGGCCAGAUUCGUUGGAUAGCAGCCCAAACGAAUCGUGCGCGUAACGGUGAACUCUACCGCUACAUAGCUGACAAGAGAGGGAUUUUCGUUCAGCCUGCACUGUAUGAAGCUUUUGGGCUGACGGUGGUGGAGGCGAUGACAUGUGGCCUUCCAACAUUUGCUACUUGCCAUGGGGGCCCACUGGAGAUUAUCGAAGAUGGUAUAUCUGGAUUUCAUAUUGAUCCAUAUCAUCCAGAUAAAGCUUCGGCCCUCAUGGCGGAUUUCUUUCAGAAAUGCAAUGAAGAUCCCAGUUAUUGGGUGACUAUAUCUCAAGCAGGUCUUCAAAGAAUUCAAGAAAGGUACACAUGGAAGAUUUACUCGGAGAGGCUGAUGACAUUAGCGGGGGUUUAUGGGUUCUGGAAAUAUGUUUCGAAGCUAGAGAGGCGCGAAGCUCGUAGGUAUCUUGAGAUGUUCUACAUUCUCAAAUUCCGCGACUUGGUGAAAUCUGUUCCUUUGGCUGUUGAUGGUUCAACAUAGAACGGUGAAACCUUCGAUCCCCAAGUAAAAGUUAACCUUCAUAUAUAUGCAUAAAUAAGAAGUGUUUGUCUUGUUUCUUAAUUUAAUCGUGUUUUCUAACAUGUGAUUCUAAGCUUACAUGUUAAACGUAAUUUAUUUGUUGGAUUUGG